AAUCUCCCAUCACUGGCCGUAAUUACAUGAGUAUCACCGACGGAGCGUCGUGCCGCGUACGCACGCUCCGAAUGCUCCGAUACGCUCCUAGGGGCGGUCGGCAGUGCGUCUAUCGUCAAUCGUGAUUACGGGUGCGACGAGAUCGCGUGGGACACUGAUAGUCUAGCCGGUGGUUCGCGCCAACUUCGGUCGCUGCGGGCAGUUGCUCCGGAGCGUGUGACAAGUUUGUUUCCGCUAACAAGCCGGCCAAGAACGAUGACGACGAUUAACGCGGAUCUGCGGCGCGAGCGCGAGAGAUGCAGCUUCGAUCCCAUGGAGCUCACGGGUUUCUGGGACGGCGGUGCGGAGAAGUCGUCGCAUCGGCGCGAGCUAGAAAACUUUUUUCUAAGCGAUCCGCUUCUGCAUGACAAAAUUCCUGCAAAGUACAAGAGUCACAAGGAAAUUUAUGAGGAAGCUAUUAUGAAAGGAUGCCGGGUGUUGCAGAAAGUGCAACAGUUACACGACUCAGGGAAAGGCGGCAUGGAUGUUUUCUCACAAAUUUUAGGAGGUACGUUAGGCUCGGCGGUAUUGAAGGAUGGUAAUCCGUUGACACUGCACUACGUCAUGUUCAUACCGGCUAUUAUGGGACAGGGCACUGUCGAACAACAAGGAUAUUGGAUAUCCAAGGCUUGGAGCUGUAGUAUCAUCGGUACUUAUGCCCAAACGGAGCUUGGUCAUGGCACAUUUAUUAGAGGCUUAGAAACUACAGCGACCUACGACCCCGAAACCAAAGAAUUCAUAUUAAAUAGUCCGACUUUGACAUCAUACAAGUGGUGGCCUGGUGGUUUGGGUCAUACGGCAAAUUAUGCAAUUGUUGUUGCACAAUUAUAUACGAAAGGAGAGUGCCGAGGUAUCCAUGCUUUUGUUGUGCAACUCAGGGACGAGAAUACUCAUGAACCUUUACCAGGUAUAAAGAUCGGUGAAAUUGGCACCAAGUUAGGAAUGAAUGCGACUAAUAAUGGCUUUCUCGGUUUUGAGAAUGUCAGAAUACCGCGCGAGCAUAUGCUGAUGAAAAAUUCUCAGGUGCUGGAGGACGGAACCUAUGUGAAAGCGCCUAGUGAUAAACUCACCUAUGGUACAAUGAUGUUUGUUCGAGUGGUAUUAGUACGCGAUAUCUCGAACUACUUGUCCAAAGCAGUGACAAUAGCCAUUAGAUACAGCGCAGUAAGACGACAGAGCCAGAUAAAGCCUGACGAGCCGGAAUCACAAAUUAUGGAUUAUGUCACGCAACAGUAUAAAUUAUUCCCCAAUCUUGCUGCGUGUUUCGCAUUCCGAAUGUGCGCCGAUUGGAUUUGGGAGAUGUACAAUAACGUGACAGCUGAAUUAGAUCAGGGAGAGCUAGAGAGAUUGCCUGAGCUACAUGCGCUGGCAUGUUGUCUAAAGGCAGUUGCAUCGUCGGACGGUGCCACUGGCAUCGAGCAAUUACGAUUGGCAUGUGGCGGACAUGGUUAUAUGGAUGCAAGCAACUUGCCAGCGAUUUAUGGUUUAGUGACUGCUACCUGCACUUAUGAAGGCGAAAACACGGUUCUGCUAUUGCAAACGGCUAGAUAUUUAGUGAAAGCUUGGAGACAAGCUGUCGGCGGUGAACCACUACCACCGACUGUUGGCUAUUUAGCUGAUCUUUCACGUGGAAUAAAACAGCAUCCUUGGAAAAAUACUUUAUCGUGUAUUGUGCAAGCGCAUCAAGCAGUUGCCGCAGGCAAAAUUCGUCUGGCAACGGAACACAUGGAUCGUAGAAUACGUAGUGGUGCGUCACCAGAAGACGCGUGGAAUCAAACUAGCAUUGAAUUAGCACAUUGCGCAGAAUCUCAUUGCCGAGCUUUCCUAGUAAUGAGAUUUGUUGAAAAUGUCAGAGGAUUGACUUCCGUGUCCAAGCAGCUUCACGAAGUUUUAAUGCAGCUUUGUGAAUUGUACUCGAUAUAUUGGGUAUUGCAACGAAUUGGAGAUUUCCUUCGUUUUUCCUGUCUAAAUAACGAAGAUGUUCCGGCGCUCCAGACACGUUUCGAAGAGACACUUGCUGCAAUCCGUCCAAAUGCUGUCGGUAUCGUCGAUGGAUUUGAUAUUCGCGACGAGAUUCUCGCAUCCGCGCUUGGCGCAUAUGACGGUAAUGUAUAUCAACGUCUUUUUGAUGAAGCGAUGAAAAGUCCUUUAAAUCAGGAGAAUGUUAAUCAAUCCUUCCAUAAAUACCUCAAGCCUUUCCUUAAAAGUAAUUUAUAGUCAUUAUGUGUUUAUCACACAAUAGCUCUGUUGUAAUAGAUAAGAUUAUUUUAAAAUUUAAAUAAAUUUGCGUGGCAAGUUCGGCAAUAUUAUUCGAGUUCACACUUUCCAAUGCCUAUAUAUGUCAAUCAUGGCAAAUGCUGUAAUACUAUAACUUUAAGGUACUUCUUUUCUCAUAGUAGUUAUAUCGAGUUAUAACGUCAAGCUAUCACAAUUAAAAACUAUAAAAAAGUAAUUUUCUUAUAAUGUGAAUUAAAAUAAAUUAAUUCUUUGCGUGCUACUGCACACACACACAGUUAAUAAUAUGGAUUAGUAAAAUGUGUAGAACAUCUUUUUCGGUUUGUGAAUUGGUAAAUAGUUGUAAAUUAAUCAAUUGUUACAAAAUCUAUUUUGCUAGGAAUAUAAGACGUUUGGAUAUAGAAAAUUAUAUUUACUAAUGUAUAUUACUAAAAAGAAAAUUACUUCCUGUAUAUUUUAGCAGUUCAUAUUAUUGAACGUGAGUGAUAACGUACAAAAACUAAUUUAUUUUUAUGCAUAUUGCAAAAAAGUUUACAUAUUCUAUAUAACUAGUGAGAAAACAAAAGCUUUUUAAGUAUAACAAAAAUAUUUCAUUCACUUUUUUAUAAUAGAGUGUAAGUAAUAUAAGUAACUCGCAAAACAUUGUAUGUUGGUAUUAUAUGAGGGCAUACAGGUUUCUUGCAUGUCGAAGUUAUACAUCAAUGCUUCAGGAAUGAAGUAGAAUAAAGCAAGUGAGGAAUGUGUGGAUAUAAAUUGUUUAGGCUUCCUUUUUUUAGUGUUACAUAUAUACGCACAUACUUUAAACAUUUACUUUGCUUUACUAGAACUAUUAUAACUAAAGGAUAUAAAGCUUAAGCGACUUAUUUUCAUUAAAACUUUUGAAUUCAUUCCCUGAAGUACUGAUAUAUAAUUAAGAAUCAUUCUGUAUUCGUUGGAAUUCCAUGUUAAAACAUUUGUUAAAAAAAAAAUCUUUUUAUAUGGCGCAAUUUACCGGAAUCGAAUUUGUGAAAUUGAUGGAAAUGUUCUUGUCUAUUAUACAUUUAUCGGCAUCUGUAUUAUCAUUGAUUUUGUUUUAUGCGUAAAAUAUUUACGUCCGUAAACCAAUCUUUGAAAGAGACGGUUAAUAUUUUUGAUAGUGAUAUUUCAUAAAAUAUAAAUAUUGUAUAUGUGAAAUGAGGGCACAUGCAAAGUAUUAUUUCGCAAAUAAUAAUAUUAAUAAAAGAAAAAUGUAAUUUUUAUAGUAAGAUGCUUAGUGUGUAUUUACAGAUUUAUCUUUAAGAAUGUUAUAUCGCGGCAAUUUCUUGUAACUCGAAGGUACAAGUACAUAUUAUAUUUUGGUAUACACAAAUAAAGUGCAAAUAAUCUUCCUUCGUUA